UUCACUCUCGAGUUAAGUCUCUUACAUGUAAUUACUCUCAUGUUUGAAAUUAAUUUCUAUCUUGCUUCAUGAUUCAAGCACCAUUUACAACGUCACCAAGCGAGCGAUCGGUCCAAAAUGCCCGACGACGCUGCGGUGCUCCCAACAGUGCCACCCACGCACAAGAAGCGCCGUCGUCCGCCCUUGGCCUGUGAGCAAUGUAGGCGACGCAAGGUGCGAUGCGACAGGAACACACCCUGCAAUCACUGCGUGAGGAGCCAGAUCAAGGAUUGCUCGUAUGCGCCUGCACACGUUCCGCCAUCAUGGAGAAAGAAGGCCCAAGAACAGUCCCAGUCGCAGCAGCCGCAGAAGGAAAUUGACGGGAAACCAGCGCCAAUACUGCCUGCGCCACCAAAAGACACUGAAAACAUCGUUCCAGCUUCCAGUGAUCUGUCCAGCAUCGUGGGCGGGAGCUCGACUGCGCCAAGCUCCAGCGGCAGUUCAAGGGAUGUGGACAGGUUGGCGGAAAGGGUGCAUUAUCUGGAGGAGAAGCUGGCCAGGUUCGGUCUCGAAAAGAGUCCCAAAGAGCCAGAGACAAAUGAUCCAAUCUCGUCUGAUACUUUGAUCCAACAAGGGACCAUCAGCAAAACGCGGUACUUUGGCCGGAGUCACUGGAUGAAGGGGGCUAUGCUGCUGCUCCUGGAGAUCAACACCUUGGGCAAGCUUGACGCACAGGAGUACCCAUUUGGUCGUCUCUUGGAUCGCUGUAAAACUCUUGGGAGGAAGAUCAAGGAGCAUCGUCUCAAACCUCUCUCGUCGGCGGCUCUGGGGCGCGACAUUCCGCCCAAGGCACUCGCGGACGAACUGGUCGAGUCGUAUCUCCGUACCUUUGAGGGUGUUUUGCGCAUCCUACACGUCCCUUCCUUUAGAUUGGAAUAUGAGCGCUACUGGGCCACCAGCGUGCCUCAGCACACGGCCUACUUCACCGUCCUCUUGCGACUGGUUAUGGCCCUUGGAUCCGUCUUCCACGAUGACACCUUCACCCUGCGACCGAGGGCGACACAGUGGAUCUACGAAGCUCAACUCUGGCUCAUGCUGCCUCCAGAAAAGGCCCGCAUGACCAUCCCAGGACUUCAGAUCAUGUGCUUGCUGACCCUCGCUCGGUCCGCUGUUGCCGUUGGGCACGACUUGGUCUGGGUCACGACGGGCGGGAUGCUUCGAAAAGCCAUGUACAUGGGUCUGCAUCGUGACCCACGCCACCUAGCCGACAUGACGGUUUACCGGGCAGAGAUGAGGCGGAGACUGUGGUCGACCAUCGUGGAGCUGAACUUGCAGAGCGGCUUCGACGCGGGCGGUCCGCCACUCAUAUCAGCGGCAGAAUAUGACACCCUUCCCCCAGCAGAUCUCGACGACGUUGAGCUGACGGACGAGUUGGAUCGCGAGAGACGCGACAGAUCUGCCCAGAAACCGGUGAAGAGCACGCAAAGGGCGACAGACAUGUCAGUCGCGUUGGAAGUCGCAAAGUCUUUGCCCCUCCGACUGUCACUCCUCCAGCAUGCCAAUGACUUCCGAGCAGUCGAGUCGUACGAGCAGACGCUCCGGCACAAUUCAGCCCUCGUCAAAUUCUGUCGCAGUAUGUCUCAGACCAUGCUGCGAUACAGCAAAGAGCCCAAGGCCAAAGUGACGCAGUUUCACACGUCGUUUGCCGAGAUACUGGUCUACAGGUGCUUUCACGCGCUACAUCAGCCACUCAUCAUGAAAUCACUCGAUGACCCGCGAUACUACUUCUCUCGCAAGAUGUAUCUCGAUGGGGCGCUCAAAAUUACCCAUAAUUGCGGUCUUUCUGGUCCUUUGCGCGAUGAGCCACCGUCGACCGACUUUGCACGACUAGUCACCAAUGGGUCGGGAAUUUUCCGCAACGUUCCCAUGCAGAGCUUGACCACGACGGCCGUGGAGUUGACCCACACGCAUGGCAACGAGACGACAGGACUUGGAUAUUUACCAGCCGUGCAAGACUACGAUCUCAGGGCGACUCUUGCCGCGGGUGAGGCGUGGAUGUUGAGAAGGGCGCAGUCGGGCGAGACCAACAUCAAAGGCCACGUCUUCGCGGCCUGUUGUCUGCGGCACGUGGACCUGGCGAAGGAGGGCAUCACGGAUGAGAAAUUGAUCGAGGACGAGAUAACUGCUACCGCGGUCGCGUCAGCGAACGCAUGCUACGCAGUGAUGAAGGAGAUAGCUUUGAGUGAAGGUGUUGAGGUGGACGACGACGAAGCCCAGAGCUCGGUGCCCCUGUUGCCACCCGCUGACGUGGGCCUCGGGCAGGGCUCUCCAGGAUUGGGGAUCGGGGACGGAAUGGACCAGGGGUUCCUGGGUGAUCUGAGCUGGGAUGAAAUGGAUGGCUUGCUUUGGGGCUCGCCCAAGCCCUGGGAUGCUGGGCAACCUCCAUUGUUCGAGUGAUCGAAGCUGAAGCUGCACAAGAUAUUGCCGAGCUGCCUCAAGUCGGAGGGCAUGUUUGAGCGGGCAUUGCCAAUGGAUUAUAUGGAGACGAAGGCAUUCGAGACCGCCUUACGGUUCUUGAGCACAGUGUAGCGCUUGCUAUUCAAGCGCCACGAAAGCUUCAUGUUGUCGACAUGGUAUGUCUUGGAGCAUGGCUCAGGCCAAAAGUCAGGGCCGCCUCAUUACAUUAGACAUUUGUCACAGGCCACACUACUGUGCCUGAUUCUCAACUCAAUUUACACAACCUCUCUUCUCACAUCUUCAUGUCCCUUCCCUGCGACUAUCCUGCAACCCUCCAUCUCUGCCACACCAAAGCCAUAGUGUACCUGGGAGGAAUCAAGUCACUUGUCUGUUUGAGACAUAUACUACGCUUUGCCAAGUCAGUAGUCUCACAUUCCUAUCUAUGCCGAGUGACUACCCAGGGC